AUGGCCGACACCCCGCACCCGGACAGCUGGCAGCCCAGUCCCGAGAUGCACGCCCUGCUGUUCACCGACUUCAACGGCGACCCCGCUGACCCGGACGACGUGAUCGCAGACGCGCUGGACGGUGGCUACGCUGAACGCACUCCCGCCCUGCUCGCCAUCCUGCAGGACGCGUCGGCCGAUCCGGCCGAGCGCCUGCUGGCCUGCGUUGCGCUAACCAGCUGGGCAGAUCCUGCUGGCUACCAGGCGGUGAUUGCCGCGGCCGUGGCACCGGACGAGGUGGUCUGGCGCGGGCGAUCUCACGACCGGUUCUUCUCGCAGGACGAUACCUUCGGCCAGCUCGCGGACGCGGUCAGCGCGAGCGAGUACAUGGUUGAUGAACGUGGUACCGCAGACCUGCGCAUCGACGCCGCCCGCGCCCUCCUUGCCAUCGCAGAUCAGGUCCAGUUCGACCGGCAUAUCGGACGGCUCCUGUAUGGCCAGAUCAUUGACGCCUGCCAGGGCAACAUCCGGUCCACCCUCGACCGAGGUAUCCACCGCAUUGCCACCGACGACCACAUCUCCUUCGACCUCGGCCUCCAACUAGCCCUGCUCGCCGUUGCCCUGUAUCGGGUCGACGAGCUGGCGGCCACCGAUGCGAUGCGCCGUCUCACGGCCGCAAACCCGGGGAACCGCGCGCGCCGCGAACUGGCGGAGGUGACGGGAAACUCGUCGUGGUUGGAAGCCGUUGAUUAA